AAUUUUGCUUUUGUUUUAGUAUUUAAGGAUCAUUCCCGGGUGGAGUCGGCACAGUUUUGUCGCAGUAGCCGUUCAAAGCAAUCAUCAAAAUGUUCAAAUUCUUCGCUCUCUUUGCCCUCCUCUUCGUGGCGGCUAUCGCCGAACCCGAACCAGAGGCGAAACCCCAACACCUCAUCAGCGGAGUGAGCGCCUACAACUAUGGUGCCUACCCCUACUCGUACGGAGCCUACCCAUACAGCUAUGGUGCCUACCCAUACAGCUACGGAUCUUCCGCAUACAAAUCUGGUGCCUACCCGUACAGCUACGGAUCUUCCGCAUACAAAUCUGGUGCCUACCCGUACAGCUACGGAUCUUCCGCAUACAAUUAUGGUGCCUACCCCUACAGCUCUGGACACUACUCCGCAUACCCAUACAACACCGGCUAUUACGGCUACCCCUACUCCGCAUACUACUAAGAAGGAAUUGAACUAAUUUAAAAACCAACUUUCGGAACAAACCUGUACAAAAUUUCAAUAGACAAUAAAGCAAUAGGUCAAAUCUA